AGUUUAACAAUUUUCAAACAGAUCGAGUAUUUGAGUGCUUAACAUCCCAGCUAACUGCAUUUCUCUAAGAUAUCACAAAUGAUAAGUCCAAAGGGCACCUAUUGACUUAAGCCAAGCUAUUAGAGUAACUAUAUCACAUGAUAUCUAGAGAACAAUUCUUGAUUGGUAGUCUAUGAUGGAAUAAAGAUCAUCCUAACAACAUAAUAUCAAUUUCCAAGUUAAAUUUAAAUCUAAAAGAAACCAUGAUAGACUUUUAUUUCGUUUUAUUGAUUUUUACAGUUUUCAAUUUAUCUGAAAGUUAUCAGUUAUUUCCUGAAUGGAACUUAAUAAACGGAAGAUUAAAUCAACAAAGAUGUGUGGAUAUACCAUCGAAUUUAACAUUAUGCCACGGGAUCGGAUACGAACAGAUGAGACUACCAAAUCUGUUAGAUCACGAUACAAUGGUUGAAGUGCUGAGUCAAGCUAGUUCUUGGGUUCCACUUCUCAACUUAAAGUGCCAUUCGGACACUAGAGUCUUUCUGUGUUCUUUAUUUGCACCCAUUUGCUUGGAUCGCCUGAUUUAUCCUUGCACGUCAUUAUGCGAAGCAGUCAAACACGGAUGUGAAAAGAGGAUGGAAAAUUAUGGCUAUCCGUGGCCUGCAAUGUUGUCGUGUGACAAAUUCCCCGCCGAUAAUGAUAUGUGCAUAACAACUCAGACACAAGAUAAUACCGAUUCUUCUCCGUGUACAGUUUGCAAUCAGCCACAGACUGUAGAAAAUAUUAUUGAUCAUUUUUGUCGUUCGGAUUUUGUUGUGAAAGCAAAAAUUCAAAAAUGGAAGAAGCAGAACCUCUCUUGCAAAAAGACUCGAGUGUUAAGGAUAACCACAAAAGAAGGCUUAUCUAGAAAAGAAUUGAAAAAACCAACAUUUGUCCAUGCUAAUCUUUCGGAUUGUUGCUACGAAUUGUUAAAUAAAGCAGGAAAAAAAGCGCAGUUAUUAAUUAUGGGUACUAAAAUAGAAAAGAAUUUAGUAGCUAGUUUCAUCAUGAAAUGGAAUAAGUCACCUCUGUUAAAGAAAGUUUCGAAAUUAAUGAAGAAAUUAAACUGUUCUGAUCCAAAAAUGCUAUCGGAGACGAUCAUGGGAGAUGCCAUUUUUCGUGUAACAGAAGAUAACAAAGAUAACAGUAACAAUAAAGAGAAACGUAAAAAGGAAAAGAAAGGAGAAAGAUCGAGUAAAAGAUUCAAAUCAUAAAUCUUUAAAAAUU